AAUGCCACUGUAUAAGGUGACGUAAAACUGGUUUAUCUGUGUUAUUCAGUUGUACCUUAACCUUCGAGGACUAUAAAAGAAAUCCAUUUGACAUCCAUUGAGCCCACAUCGACCAUGAAUCUCAUACCAGUAAUAACAAUUUUAGUGACACUAGCAGCUGCCAGUUUCAGCGCCGUUCUACCUUCCAGUUUUACAAAAUGUAGCCGAAAACAGAGCGACUUCCAGCAAUGCUUGACCAAAGCGAUAGAAACCGCCAUCCAGAAGCUGGACCGACCGAUCAAAGAACUGAAUUUACCCAACAUGGAACCCUUGGAGAUUCCAGCUCUAACCGUAGGCGCUGGAAAUGGACCAGUGGCGUUCCAGCAGAAUUACAAAAAUUUGAAAGUGACGGGUUUUAGAAAAAUUAGUUGCUCAAAAGCGGAAUUUGACUUUGAUAAGAAGAAGCUGAUGAUGGACUGCUUAAUUCCGGAGUUUCGGAUGGAUUUUGACUAUGAGGUGAAUGGGAGGAUCUUGGUGUUGCCCAUUGUGGGGCAAGGGCCUGGGUACAUAAUUUUGCAUGACUACCACUUGGUGCUCAAUUUUGACUUGGAAGAAGAAGAGAAGAAGGGUAAAAAGCACUACAAGAUCGCUAAGCAGAAACUGACUAUAGAACCCAAACUGAUUGAGUUUAAACUGGACAAUUUGUUUGAUGGUGAUAAGGCUCUAGGUGAUAAUAUCAACAAAGUCAUGAAUGAUAACUGGUCGGAGCUCUUUGCUGACGUUCGAGCGAGCUACGAAGACGCGUUUGGGAAGAUAUUUGCGUCGAUUUUUGGCAACCUGUUAGCGAAAGUGCCCGUUAGUGACCUGUUUGGUGAUGCAUAAAUAAAAAAAAAUGUUGUAGAUAGGUACCAAAACUAGAUUUAUAUUUUUCAGUAGUCCUUUAAAAAAACGUUGGAUUUCAGUGAUGAUACUAAUAAAUCAGAUAAAGUGUUAUAAA